UUUACAAGAGACUCAUAACAGAGUAUCCAGUCUCUCAAUAAAACUGACUCUUAAAAACACACACAGAAACAACAACCGAAAAAGCAACCAGUGCAACUCAAUUCAAAUGGAGAAAACGGUAGCUUGUGACUCGUCUCUCGCUCUGGAUAUUGAACGCAGUGGUCUUGUGGUGGUGAGAGAAACGUCGAAGAAAUCGGACCGGUGCUGGAAACGAAUUGGCUUGCUUUCCUUUAUGCUCCUGACUGCAGCCACGUUAGUUUUAGUGAUGAUGUACUUUGGCGUUAUACCUUCAAAAAUUAAGCAGACAAACACAGUUAUUUCUACAACACCUGAAGUGUCCAUGGAGGUCAUUGAAAACAUGCGUGACUCAUUGAAACAGAUACCAGACAAAAAAUAUGGUAGAAAACCAUCUGCACAUUUGAUUGCAGCUGAUUUCUCCAAGGGCCACACUAAGCUGUCUUGGCUCAGCAACGUUAACCAAGCUUUCCUUCAGAACGGCAUGCGGUUGGAGAAUGAACAGGAGCUGGUGAUCCCUGCAGACGGUCUCUACUUCAUUUACGCUCAGGUAGUGUUCAAGGGGAUGGGCUCUUCUUCGGAGGACAAGGGCGCCUCAAACUCGUGGAACGGUUGCAGUGGCUGCGGCUCCUCCACCAAGAUCCUCUCGCUGUCAGUGGAGAGGUUGUCAGACGCCUAUCCCAUGUAUGAGUCCAUCCUGAGCACCUCACGUUCCAUCUACCUGCAGAAGAAUCAGGGAGGGGUGUGGAUCGCGCCCCUAUACCAGGGAGCUCUUUUCAAGCUAACUCAGGGAGACAAGCUGCAAGUGAAAGCCAGCCCCCUCGAUUUGAUUAAUGAUAGCAAGACCUUUUUUGGGGCUUUCGCAGUUUAGAUCAAAUCUCUUGUUAUAUAUGUUAUGAUCAUGGUUCGAAUCCCACUGGCACUGUGUUUGACUGGGGCGCAGCAUUGGCACUUGGGUUCAGUUCAGUUCUCCUUUUCUUAGCCAUCUCGCAGCCAACUUAAAAGCACAGCAAAUAAAAUGUGUGUAAUAUUUGAUUUGUUAAUAGUACUUACCUGGUAGAUGCCUUGUUCAGUGGUACUGCCUACAUGAUAUAUGCUUAGCCAGUCUUCCCUCAUGUAAUGAAUGUUUGGAACGAAUGAAAUCGAUGAAUGUUUUAUUUAUGGUGAGGUGUUUUAUAGGACAUCUGACUUAUUGCUUGGACUCUCAUUACAAUGUUUACACUACUAAAAAGAAAGA